GCGCAGCGGCGCUGCAGUCAAUGACGGGAGCUCCGCGGGGCAAAUCACACUUUCCUUUUCAUUUCUGACACUGUCAGCCGGGACCUUUCCUGCUCAACGUGAAUGCGACUUGUAUUAUUUGGCAACGCUGUUUAGGAAUUCGUCGUUUCUAUAACUUACGGACAGAGCCCUAGCCUGGAGAGAAGGGAAUUUAAUAUUUCUGUUGAACUUAAUUCGUGACAAUCUUUCCGGCGAUGUUAAAACUGGCAUUUUAUUCACGUGUGUCUGAAUAUAAGUGGCCCGAUGCUGUAAUUCUGUAACCGUCAGUCAUCGCAGGAAUUCAUCAGCGGUGUAUUUUCGGAGCAGCGUCACUCAGCGACAACUCGCGCGGAUAGUUUAUCUGUGGAUUUUAAAGGACCCUCUCGAGCCGCGUCGAGCGUCUCACAGCUUAACUUCGCCCGCAUUUAAAGAUGCUCCAGAAUGGAAAGUCUCAAACGGACGACGCGGACGCGCCCGAGCCGAAGCCUGAACCGCAAAGCGAGAAGACAGAAGAGACCGAGAGCGCCGCGUCUCACACAGAGAGCGAGUCCGCCGACACCGACUCCACUCGCUUCCCGCUGCCCGUCCAUCCCAAGCUGGAAAUCAAGCGCCAUGCCGUGACCGAGGACUACAAAGUCUCAAGUCAAGUGUUGGGUCUGGGUGUUAACGGGAAAGUGGUGGAGUGCUAUAACAAGAAAACCGGACAGAAGUGCGCGCUGAAGAUUCUGUACGAGUGUCCCAAAGCCCAGAGAGAAGUGGAACUGCACUGGAGAGUAUCCCCGGGACCACAUAUAGUUCGGAUCCUCAGCCUCUACGAAAACAUGUAUCGUGGGAAAAAAUGUCUUCUCAUAAUUAUGGAAUGUAUGGAGGGGGGAGAGCUCUUCAGCAGAAUUCAGGCCAGAGGAGACCAGGCGUUCACGGAGCGAGAGGCCUCUGAGAUCAUGAGAGACAUCGGCACGGCCAUCCAGUAUCUGCACAACAUGAACAUUGCACACAGAGACAUCAAGCCGGAGAACCUGCUCUACAAUAGUAAAGAAGACACUGGAGUUCUCAAACUAACAGAUUUUGGUUUCGCUAAAGAGACCUCACUGCAUAACCCUUUGCAGACGCCCUGCUACACGCCGUAUUAUGUAGCACCAGAGGUUUUAGGCCCAGAGAAAUACGACAAAUCGUGUGAUAUGUGGUCUUUGGGUGUGAUCAUGUAUAUCCUGUUGUGUGGAUUCCCACCGUUCUACUCCAACACAGGACAGGCCAUUUCACCGGGGAUGAAGCGGCGCAUUCGUAUGGGCCAGUACGAGUUUCCCAACCCGGAGUGGGCCGAAGUAUCCGAGGAGGUCAAACAGUUGAUUAACCAACUACUGAAGACUGACCCUAAUGAAAGAAUGACCAUUGAGCAAUUUAUGAACCACCCCUGGAUCAACCAAUCAAUGGUUGUUCCCCAAACACCUCUUCACACCACACGAGUGCUGACAGAGGACAGCGAGAUGUGGGACGAGGUCAAGGAAGAGUUAACCAGUGCAUUGGCCACCAUGCGUGUAGAUUACGAGCAGGUGAAGAUCAAGGACCUGGAUGCCUCCAGUAACCCCUUGCUGAACAAGAGACGCAAGAAAGCAGCGACAGGGGAGAAGAGUGGAGGGAGCGGAUGUAGCAGUCAAUGAACGACUGGAGACGAAGAACAGGCCGAUCAGUGACAUGAAGGGAAGCGCAAGAUCAGAUACAAAGAGCGAGGAGCGAGAAUGGAAGCACAGCGAAAAAGAUGGGCUCUCCACAGAAGAACAGAAGAUGGAUGGAUCAAGGGAAAAGGCAAGAACGGGAGACAAUUUUGUUGAUGAAGAAGAAAAAUAGAGGAAUAAUUGGACGUGUAUACAGACAAAGUCCUUAUUUCUAUCACCAGCAGGGAAAAAGCUGCUUUAAAAUCCUUCAGCUGUGUGCGUAUGCUGUAUGUGAGCGUUCAUCAAUGUCUUUUUGUGUACUGAUCUAUCACUUGAUACGUACUGUUAGCACUGUGUGUGUGUUGUGUAUGUGUAUUUGUAUACAGCGUGUUUCCGUGUGUCUAGCCCUAUCAUGCAGUUCACUCCAGACACUUGAGUAUCAGUUGACCCAAAAUGUAUAAUUUGCCGAAAAUGUACUCACCCUCACACCAUCCAUGAUUUAGAGGAGUUUGUUUCUUCAUCGAAUUGCAGCUUUAUGUCACUUUCUUACCUAUCGGUCCUCUACAGCGAACGGGUGCCGUCAGAACGAAAGGGCACAAAGCUAAUAAAACACCACAGAUAAUUCACACCGCUCCAGUCCAUCAGUUCACAUCUUGUGAAGCGAAAAGCUGCAGGUUUGUAAAAAAACAAGACAUUUUUAACCUAAAUUAGCAGCAAAUUAAAAGUUUUUUGGCAAACUUAUACUUCAGUAUGUUGAUGCUUGGGAUUUUGUUAUCAGCCCUUUUUAUUGCAAAUAAAACAAUUCUAAUUCA